AGACAUCUGCCUCUGUUGGGCUAUGUGCAGCUGCUAGAGCUGUUUAAGUUGAAGAUAGUGGAAGUCUCUUCAAAACCACUUCUUGACUCUAGCACCUUCUUUUCGGGACGCAUCGGGAGGUAGUAUUCCUUGGAGGCGACCCUUCGCAGGCAGCUAAGAACCUAAUUGUUGCCUACAUAAAAGCGUCCUCUAGCGCUUCCCCUUGUCUUUCAAUAAAUAAUUCGGUUACGCGUCCUCUUCCGCUACGAUGCCUGGUUUUACUGAAGACGAGGUAAAUAAGGCUGCAGGUGCUGAUAGCGAAAAUAUGACGCUUGAAAGGGAAAACCGGAAGCCCUUUGAUGAAGAUGAUGAAGAAGGAAUGGACCUGAAGGCAAGGGCGCUGACAAAGUUGUUGAAAACCAGUUCCGUAUUUGUAGCGAUAAUGGCAGAAAAAAUGAAAGAACAGCGAAAAAGACAACAAGAAGAAGCACGCAAGGCGGAGGCAAAGCGACGUGCGGCGGCAGAAAGGCAAAAGAAGCCUGUAGAGCCCGCUAUCAGUACCAGACGAGAAACUAGAGCAAGCCAGCAACAGUCUAAAGAGUCAGAGACUGGUACAGGUCGUAAGGAUUCGCUUGUGGGACUUCAAUCAAGUACUCCAACAAGAUUACCCACUCGGGCCCGAACGAAGAAAGCCGCCGGCGGAAAUUCUAUUUCGAACUACUUCAAAAAGGCCGAUGUUGAGAUAGCAGAAGAUAACCCAACUGUUCAGGAAGCUCUUGCUAAAGCUGCUGAUGAGUUCGAAGCUAAUCCUGCUACAUUGGGAGAGCAGGACCUUGUGGCAACUCAUCAACCAGCCCUAGUCACGGGCGGAAAAAUGAGAGAAUACCAGCUAGAAGGCUUAGAAUGGUUGAAGUCCCUUUGGAUGAAUGGACUAUGCGGGAUUCUCGCAGACGAGAUGGGCCUAGGGAAGACAGUCCAGGCUAUAUCCCUCAUUGCGUUCUUCAAGGAACAUAGUGUUUCAGGCCCUUUCCUGGUUGCUGCACCGCUUAGCACGGUGAGCAAUUGGGUCAAUGAAUUCGCUCGCUGGACUCCUGGAAUCGAAACUGUUCUAUACCAUGGCACAAAGGAGGAGCGCGCCCAGAUCAGAAGGGAGCGGAUGAAGAUGCAGCAUCAAAAGCAAAUGGAUUUUCCUGUUGUUUGCACUUCAUAUGAGAUCUGUAUGAAUGACCGGAAAUUCCUUGCAAACUAUCAAUGGAAAUAUAUCAUUGUUGACGAGGGCCACCGGCUCAAAAAUAUGAACUGCAGACUCAUAAAAGAACUGAUGACGUACAAUUCUGCUAAUCGCCUACUGAUAACAGGGACUCCCUUGCAGAAUAAUAUCGCAGAGUUAUGGUCUCUUUUACAUUUUUUACUUCCGGAGGUUUUUAAUGACCUCGAUAGCUUUCAGAAUUGGUUUGAUUUCUCGUCAGUUUUAGAUGCUUCUGGGCAAAAGGAUGUUAUCGAAAGACGCAAAAAGAACCUGGUGUCGACGAUGCAUGCAAUUUUAAAGCCUUUUUUGCUCCGUCGUGUCAAAACAGACGUGGAAACCGAACUUCCAAAGAAGCGGGAAUACAUACUUUAUGCACCCCUAACGCCAGAACAGAAGGAAUUAUACCUUGCAAUUAUACAGGGUACGAGUCGACAGUACUUGGAGGAUAGGGCGGUGGAAAGGAUCGAAUCUAGAAACGCAUCAGUCAACCCAUCUAGAUCUCAUAGCCUGAAACGGAAGGCUAAUGGAAGCUGCAACUCUACUCCAAAUAAGAGCCUGAAGUCUAGCCGCGAUUCUACGCCCGGAACAGGUCUGACACGAAGUGUUAGAAAGAGGGGAAAGCAAAAUUACAGAGAGAUAAGUGAUCGGGAGUUCAACGCAAAGCUGCGAAUGCUGGAAAAUGGGAUUGAGGAAGAAACGCCGGGAGAAUCUGAAGUCGACGAAAGUGAACUACUGGAGAUUGAGCGAGCAAAAACAAUGAAGCUAGCCAAAAAAGAGAUCGCUUCAAAGAAGCUCCAAAACCCAAUUAUGCAGGCCCGACUCGCCUGCAACUCACCACACAAUUUCUACUGGCCUUGGGAUGAAGAAUCUGACAUCGACGAGUCACUCGUAACUGCAUCCGGCAAAAUGCUCCUCCUAGACCGUCUUGUCCCUUGUCUGCUAUCCAAAGGCCACAAAGUCCUCAUAUUCUCCCAAUUUAAAACGCAACUCGACAUCCUGCAAGACUGGGCAUACCUUCGUAACUGGAACUGUUGCCGCAUAGACGGUGCGGUUAGCCAGGCGGACCGUCAAGCCCAAAUCAAUGCUUUCAAUGCUGACCCGGACUAUAAGAUCUUCUUGCUUAGCACUCGGGCUGGUGGGCUAGGAAUCAACCUCACGGCGGCUGACACGGUGAUUCUUUACGAUUCGGACUGGAACCCACAGCAGGACCUCCAAGCUCAAGAUCGGGCCCACCGUAUCGGGCAAACCAAGCCAGUGAUCGUAUACCGACUAGCGACUAGAGGAACCGUUGAACAAACGCUCCUUGAACGCGCGGAUUCAAAGCGCAGACUGGAGAAACUCGUUAUUCAAAAAGGCAAAUUCAAAAAUCUAUUUGAUGUGCCCCUUUCAGAGCAGAAUGAAGUGGAGGAGUUAAGGAAGAUUCUUGGGGAUGAUGGAUUUCAAGUUUUUGACGUUGGUGCUGGAACGAGACCAGAAUCGUUGCUGUCCAAAAAAGAGCUUGAGAUACUGACAGAUAGAAGUGAAGAGGCUUAUGCCAGGGCUGAAAAGGGCUUGGAUAGGAGUGGGAAUGCGUUUUUGGCUGUCAAGAGUAAGAGGGAAGGUGAUGUUACGGAUAUGCUUGAAAGAUAGACCCGCUGGAUCAGGGCUGUCAUCCACAAAUAUUUAUGCUA